GUUGCAUAAGCUGAGCCUUGGGGGACGACUUCCCCCGAAGUGAGCAGUCUGUAAGCCAGGACAGUGCAGGCACUCAGCCGCACUGGCCAGUGACAUUGGGAGGCUGAGGGGGACAACUGUACUUUGGAGAGAUUUGACUCUGAAGCCUGGGCUAUCGAAUUGACGCCUCCGUGGAUGGCAGACUGGAGGAGAGCACCCCACUCUAGUGCCUGCUUCCCUGGCGCCCCUCGGCUUCUCCUUUAAAGAGACAUGGCUCCAGCUGUGUCCAGCUCCAGCCUGGGAUCGGCUGCAUUAUCUUGAACACUGAAACAAGAUCGCCCCAAUGGCUACUGGAUCCCAGGGGUGAACUGGGUGAGGAGGCCUCACUUCCUAGCAAUCAAGAGAAAGGUACAACAUGGCUGAGUGAGGGGUAGCAAAGAUUGUCAUCUGUCAGCCCCAACACGAGCACUGAGACUGCUGGGAAGGCCAGCUUCCAUAGAACUCAGAGAUAUUUCCGCACAUGCUAAUAUCACUCUUUAGUGCAGCAAGAAGGGGGAACUGCGCUAGUAUACUGGAGACACAUUUUUUGGCACAAGAGACCAGGUUGCUAAGCAACAGUAGCCUGCCCCACCUCCCUAUUUUCUGUUUCCAAGCUUCCAGUUAGCAGAUAGCAGGGGCUGGGGCUGCCAGGCCCAGCCCAACCCUUGCACUGAUUCUCUGCAACAAGGGGCCUAUUCAUGGGCCCUGAGCAUAGUUCAUUGUCUCUCUGGUGCGUGUCUAUGUGUGUAGGGGUGGGAGACAAGGGGAGGGGCUAUGUGUGAACCAGGAAGACUUCCUCCUCUAACCACGGUGGCUGGGCUGUUGAAUCAAUCCUGACAUGAGGACAGGAGCCGCACCCUGCCCAGCAGACCUUACUGCCUUACAUCAGUGCAGCUGACUCACAUGAGUCCAACACUGGAUGACCAAAGCUCAAUGGAGAUCUGGUGCACAGAAGAGGGGGCUGAACCUGGGAUCUUCAGAACGGAGUUGGGAGACCAGCGGCAACCCAUCCCUCACUCCCGACGCUGGUGCUGCCUGCAGCGUGGCUGUGUGAUACUGGGCGUCCUGGGGCUGCUGGCUGGAGCGGGCGUUGCUUCAUGGCUCUUAGUAUUGUACCUAUGGCCGGCUGCCUCGCCAUCCAUCUCCGGGACUUUGCAGGAGGAAGAAAUGACUUUGAGCUGUCCAGGAGUGAGCAGCGAGGAAGAGCUCCUUCCAUCUCUUCCCAAAACAGUACCUUUCAGAAUAAAUGGAGAGGAUCUUCUGCUUCAAGUGCAAGUAAGGGCUCGGCCGGAUUGGCUCCUGGUCUGCCACGAGGGCUGGAGCCCCGCCCUGGGCAUGCACAUCUGCAAGAGUCUUGGGCAUAUCAGGCUCACUCAACACAAGGCCGUGAAUCUGUCUGACAUCAAGCUCAACAGAUCCCAGGAGUUUGCUCAACUCUCUGCUAGACCGGGAGGCCUUGUAGAGGAGGCAUGGCAGCCCAGCGCUAACUGUCCUUCUGGCCGAAUUGUUUCUCUCAAAUGUUCUGAGUGUGGGGGAAGGCCUCUGGCUUCUCGAAUAGUUGGUGGCCAAGCUGUGGCUUCUGGGCGCUGGCCAUGGCAAGCUAGCGUGAUGCUUGGCUCCCGGCACACGUGUGGGGCCUCUGUGCUGGCACCGCACUGGGUAGUGACUGCUGCCCACUGCAUGUACAGUUUCAGGCUGUCCCGCCUAUCCAGCUGGCGGGUUCAUACAGGGCUGGUCAGCCACGGUGCUGUCCGACAACACCAGGGAACUAUGGUGGAGAAGAUCAUUCCCCACCCUUUGUACAGUGCCCAGAACCAUGACUAUGAUGUGGCUCUGCUGCAGCUCCGGACACCAAUCAACUUCUCAGACACGGUGGGCGCUGUGUGCUUGCCGGCCAAGGAGCAGCACUUUCCACAAGGAUCGCAGUGCUGGGUGUCUGGCUGGGGCCACACCGACCCCAGCCAUACUCAUAGCUCAGAUACACUGCAGGACACAAUGGUACCCCUGCUCAGCACCCACCUCUGCAACAGCUCAUGCAUGUACAGUGGGGCACUCACACACCGCAUGUUGUGUGCUGGCUACUUGGACGGAAGGGCAGACGCUUGCCAGGGAGACAGCGGGGGACCCCUGGUAUGUCCCAGUGGUGACACAUGGCACCUUGUAGGGGUGGUCAGCUGGGGUCGUGGCUGUGCAGAGCCCAAUCACCCAGGUGUCUAUGCCAAGGUAUCAGAGGUCCUGGACUGGAUCCAUGACACCGUGCAGGUCCGCUAGCCAAAGAGGAAGCAGCAGCCACCUGUGACGCCAAGCUGUGGAUCUCCCGUGGAUCAUCCCAGACUGAGGGCCAGCAUCUGGGUCACUGGGCCUCUCCUGAAAGGCUCUGACUUCUAGUUCAUCUUUCUCAUCUGAGAAUCUCCACAACAGGAAAAAGAGUCUGGGGCUAGAUUGGGAAUGAUGGUGAGAGGAAGGGACAAGAGGACAGAAGAGACAGACAGAAGAGGCUUCUGGAAGCAUCUGGGAGACUGCUCCUCUGCUCUCCCCACACCCCACGUGUCUCCCCUGGGGGAUGCUGGAGAUGCCCAACCCUGAUUUCUCCUGGGGCCACUGCAGGGCUAAAUCCAACUUUAGAGGAUGCCCUGUCUCCAGAGUUACUAGGCAGAUAAGGUCAAGGUUGGACAAGCUCAGGUAAAGGCAUGGAAGUCAAGACUCCGCCUCCCCGAUGCUGGUCCUGGUCUGAGGUAAUCUAGUAGCCCUGCGCGAGGCAGACGUCUACAGGGUAAGAAGGAUGUGGUUGGGCUAGCAUGCUAUUUUUCAAAUGACAUUUCUGUAAAUUGGUUGAGUUUUGUUAUUAAACGGAAAUUAUGUAUA